AUGGCCCCGCAUCUAUCUCUUAGUGAGCGAUGGAGAAUCAUCACAUUACGAAAUGAUUUUGGAUUAUCGAUGCCAGCUAUCGCACAUCGAUCGAAUUACUCGUUAUCUACUAUUCAUCGAAUAUUGGACUUAUUUUCGAAAACAAAUGAAGUGGCGGAGCGUGAAGGGAGAGGACGUAAACGACCAAUACAAGGUUCAGUUCGACGGCAAUUUCGCGAGAUUAUGCGGAAACAUCCUUCAGCGACAUCGAAGUUCAUCGCCGAGCGAUUGGAAUCAAGAACAGGUGUAUGUUUAAGUGAUCGAACGAUUCGUCGAACUCGUCGCCAAGAAAAUUAUCAUCCUGUCCAUUCAAAAACGCAUUGGACAAUUAAUUCAGCUCAGACCGCGCGUCGAUUCCAGUUUUCUGUCACACAUUUGUUCGACGAUUGGCAUGACGUCAUUUUUACGGACGAAAAGAAGUUCGAGAUCGAUCAACGUGGAAAAGUUUAUUGGAUCCCGAUCGGAUGCACAUCUUAA